GGGAAAAGAUAUUUACGAAAUAAGCAACAAUUUUAAAGUAAAGUGAGCAACACACAAAACCAGGUCUAUCAUCAUCAUCAUACCAAAUGUCGCAGCAGGAAGACGGUAGGGACGUAGCCCAGGUCUUGAGUGAUGGGAGGUACGACCUCCCAAUGUUUCUUCGCUACCUCAAGACCUUCGCUAUGAGCGGCACGCAGCCCGAUAAGGCUAUUCUACUCGGAAUCCUGAUGCAGUCGCUAGCGCGAUUCCACACUAGUGAUUUCACAGCAUGUAUGUGCCUUGUCGCGAGCUACAUGCAGGACUCCUCCAGCGUAGAGAAGGAAAUCGCUUACAUUUACGAGCUGGAGAAUUUUCUAACAUGCGGCCAAUUUACAAAAUUCUGGUCUCAGUGGAGCAAGGUCAAGGAACACUUGCCAGAGUCGUUCCAUUUCGAGACGCGUGUUCGCACCAGUAUUUUGGAGUGCAUCAGCCUAACAUUAGAAUCUAUUCCAGUCGCGAGGCUUGCAGCUUACUUGGCCGUCCCUGUCGAUCAACUUCCCCGGGUGAUCGAAAAUGCUAAGAAGCGGGACGGUGAGUUUGAGGUGGUUUCGGUCGAUGCGGAUAGCGUUACCUUCGCCCAGAAUCUGUUCAAUCAUCCUGAAAGCAGUACGAACCAGGAUAUGUUGAAGUUUUCAGAUAUCGUCACAAUCGUGGAUACAGUCUAA